GCUUCUCAUGGUCCUUCUGCUGAGCGCCCGGCUAAUGACAUGUCUUUCCCCCACAGGAAAUGCUCCAGUAGGCCCUAGCGGCGUCUCCUCCUGGCCUAGAAAUGCUCGUGCCCAGGAUGCAGAGAGCCGGGGCUGGCCUCCGUGGGAACAGUGCUGCUGCCAGCCUCUUCUGGGUGCUGCUGCUGUGGCGAGCGGGCGGCGGCUGCCAGGCCCAGCGGGCAGGCUGCAAAACUGUGCACUACGACCUGGUCUUCCUCUUGGACACCUCCUCCAGCGUGGGCAAGGACGACUUCGAGAAGGUCCGGCAGUGGGUGGCCAACCUGGUGGACACCUUCGAGGUGGGCCCGGACCGCACCCGCGAGCUGGAGGAGGUGGCCUCCGAGCCCAAGGCGGCGCACGUCUUCCACGUCUCCGACUUCGACGCCAUCGACAAGAUCCGCGGCAAGCUGCGCCGCCGCCUGUGCGAGAAUGUGCUGUGCCCUAGCGUGCGGGUGGAAGGAGAUCGCUUCAAGCACACCAAUGGAGGAACCAAGGAGAUCACAGGGUUUGACCUGAUGGACUUGUUCAGCGUGAAGGAGAUCCUGGGGAGGAGAGAGAACGGAGAGCAGAGUUCGUACGUCCGGAUGGGCUCCUUCCCCGUGGUGCAGAGGACCGAGGAUGUGUUCCCGCAAGGAUUACCCGAUGAGUACGCCUUUGUCACAACCUUCCGGUUCAGGAAAAUGUCCCGAAAAGAAGACUGGUAUAUCUGGCAGGUCAUCGACCAGUACGGCAUCCCACAGGUCUCCAUCCGGUUGGACGGAGAAAACAAGGCCGUUGAGUACAAUGCUGUGGGUGCCAUGGAGGAUGCCGUCAGGGUGGUCUUCCGAGGUCCUCAGGUCAACAACCUGUUUGACCGGGACUGGCACAAGAUCGCCCUGAGCAUCCAGGCGCGGAACGUGUCCCUCUACAUCGACUGCGCGCUGGUGCAGACCCUGCCCAUCGGGGAGAGGGAGAACAUCGACAUCCAGGGCAAGACUGUGCUCGGCAAGCGCCUCUACGACAGCGUGCCCAUCGAUUUUGACCUGCAGCGCAUUGUGAUCUACUGUGACUCACGGCACGCAGAGCUGGAGACCUGCUGCGACAUCCCCUCAGGGCCGUGCCAGGUGACUGUGGUGACAGAGCCUCCGCCCCUGCCCCAGCAGCCUCCCACCCCUGGCAGUGAACAGAUCGGGUUUUUGAAGACCAUCAACUGCUCCUGCCUGCCUGGAGAAAAGGGUGAAAAGGGCUUUGAUGGCCCCGUGGGACUCCCCGGCCCCAAGGGAGACAUGGGCACCACUGGGCCAGCUGGAGCUCCUGGACCCAAGGGAGAGAAAGGUGACAUGGGCCGAGGAGCUUUUGUCCAAGGAGAGAAGGGUGAGAAGGGUUCCAUGGGCCCACCAGGCCUGCCUGGGAGAGACGGCAGCAAAGGCGUGAGAGGGGAGCCAGGAGAGCUGGGCGAACCGGGGCUGCCUGGUGAGGUGGGCAUGCGGGGCCCCCAAGGACCACCUGGACUCCCCGGACCUCCUGGACACGUUGGUGCUCCUGGUCUCCAAGGAGAACGGGGUGAAAAGGGAAUUCGAGGAGAAAAGGGAGAGAGAGGUCUGGAUGGAUUCCCUGGGAAGCCUGGGGAGGCAGGGAUNCAGGGAAGACCUGGCCUUCCUGGUGCAGCAGGGCCCCAGGGAGAGAAGGGCGACGUGGGACCUGCAGGGCCACCUGGUGUGCCGGGCUCUGUGGUGCAGAGAGAGGGCCUGAAGGGAGAGCAGGGAGCUCCAGGACCUAGAGGUCACCAGGGCCCACCCGGGCCCCCAGGGGCUCCAGGUCUGAUGGGCCCAGAAGGCAAGGAUGGACCGCCUGGUUUGCAAGGUCUCCGGGGGAAGAAAGGCGACGUGGGCCCACCUGGAAUUCCUGGAUUGCUGGGGCCGCAGGGCCCUGCAGGACUGCCUGGUGUCCCCGGCCCCCCCGGACCAGGAGGCCCCCCGGGUUUACCUGGAGAGAUCGGCUUCCCUGGGAAACCCGGGGCUCCAGGGCCUGUGGGAUCACCUGGAAAGGAUGGCAUGGAUGGACCACCAGGCCUGCCAGGACACAAGGGAGAGCCAGGAGGAAGAGGGGAAGAUGGUCUACCUGGAAAGCCAGGCCCUCGGGGUGAAGUCGGGGAGCAGGGCCUGGCAGGCCGACCUGGAGAGAAGGGAGAAGCAGGCCUCCCAGGUGCUCCAGGAUUCCCAGGCAUGAGGGGGGAGAAGGGAGACCAGGGAGAAAAAGGUGAACUGGGACUUCCAGGACAGAAAGGUGACCGAGGUGAAAAGGGUGCAUCUGGUCCAGCAGGCCCUCCUGGGUUACCUGGAACUACGUCCCUGUUCACACCACACCCAAGAGUGCCGGUAGAACAGGGGCCGAAAGGAGAGAAGGGAGAUGCAGGGGUGCCCGGGGAACCGGGGCCACAAGGCCGUCCGGGAGAACUAGGGCCUCCGGGGCCUGUCGGACCACAGGGCGCCCAAGGACGAGAAGGCUCACACGGGGCUCCAGGAGCUGCUGGAAACCCCGGGGCUCCCGGACCUGCAGGUCCCCCUGGGCCCAGCGGCCCCCCCGGAGGUGUGGGCCCUCCUGGCCUGAGAGGACCCCCUGGGAAAGAUGGGGAGCGUGGUGAGAAGGGCACGGCAGGGGAAGAAGGGAGCUCAGGGCCAGCUGGUCCCCGGGGUGAUCCUGGUGCUCCGGGGCUCCCUGGGUCUCCUGGAAAAGGGAAGGAUGGAGAGCCGGGACUACGUGGAUCACCGGGGUUACCUGGACCCCCAGGAACCAAGGGGGACCGAGGAGCACCUGGGAUUCCUGGCUCUCCUGGAAACCGUGGCGACCCCGGCAUUGGGGUCUCUGGCCCUCCUGGCCCUUCUGGACCACCAGGAGAAAGGGGACCCCCGGGAUCUCGAGGCUUACCUGGAUUUCCCGGCCCUCAGGGACCAGCCGGCCAGGAUGGUGCGCCAGGGAAUCCGGGAGAAAGAGGGCCUCCUGGCAAACCAGGUCCCUUGUCGCUGCCAUCUCCAGGGGACAUAAACCUCUUGGUUAAGGAUGUGUGCAAUGACUGCCCGCCAGGCCCCCCAGGCCUUCCUGGUCUGCCAGGUUUUAAAGGGGACAAAGGUCUCCCUGGAAAGCCAGGGAGAGAAGGCACAGAAGGAAAAAAGGGAGAUGCUGGGCCACAAGGCCUCCCAGGACCCCCAGGAGUUGCUGGACCCCAGGGAAGUAAAGGAGAACCUGGUGCAGACGGAGAGGUUGGACAGAAAGGUGAUCAGGGUCAUCCCGGAGUUCCAGGUUUCAUGGGGCCCCCCGGCAACCCUGGGCCACCAGGAGCUGAUGGGACUGCAGGGGCUGCUGGACCACCAGGAAUUCAAGGACCCCCUGGCAAAGAAGGUCCAUCCGGCCCCCAAGGCCCCUCUGGAAUACCUGGAAUCCCAGGAGAAGAAGGCAAAGAGGGCAGAGGUGGGAAGCCGGGACCUCCGGGAGAGCCGGGCAAAAGAGGAGAGCCAGGCCCGCCAGGACCAGAGGGUGCCCGAGGCCCACCUGGUUUCAAGGGACACACGGGCGAUUCUGGCGCACCUGGUCCCCGGGGAGAGCCUGGUGCCAUGGGACCCCCUGGCCGGGAAGGCUUGCCAGGAAAAGAUGGUGAUACUGGACCCAUAGGGCUGCAGGGUCCCCGAGGACUGAGGGGCCUACCGGGCAAGAAUGGAGCACCUGGACCUCCGGGAGACACCGGGCCUCCAGGAAACCCGGGCCAGAAGGGAAACGAAGGCGCACAGGGCAGCCCUGGACUUCCCGGCUUCCUGGGUCCCCGUGGACCUCCGGGAGGACCCGGAGAACCAGGCAUCCCAGGCAAGGAGGGCCCCCCUGGGAAACCUGGCGAGCCUGGAUCCAAAGGAGAACAGGGGGAGCCUGGGAUGAAAGGUGACAAAGGACCUCCUGGGGGGAAGGGCCAGCCUGGGGACCCUGGAAUUCCAGGCCACAAAGGACAUACUGGCCUGAUGGGCCCCCAAGGACCACCUGGGGAGAACGGACCUGCAGGGCCCCCGGGGCCACCAGGCCAGCCAGGACUUCCAGGACUGCGGGGAGAGUCUCCCUCGAUGGACACCCUGAGGCGGCUCAUUCAAGAAGAGCUGGAGAAGCAGCUGGAAAACAGACUUGCCUACCUCCUGGCCCAGAUGCCCCCAGCACACAUGAAGGCAUCUCAAGGCAAACCUGGGCCCCCAGGGCCCCCCGGAAAAGAUGGACUUCCAGGCCACGCAGGCCCCAUGGGAGAGCCAGGCCGGCCUGGGCAGGGCGGUGUGGAAGGACCCUCUGGACCAAUAGGUCCCAAAGGUGAGCGAGGAGCCAAAGGUGACCCAGGCGUACCUGGAGUUGGCCUUCGAGGAGAGAUGGGACCGCCCGGAAUCCCAGGUCAACCUGGGGAACCUGGCUACGCUAAAGACGGACUCCCUGGGAGCCCUGGUCCUCAAGGGGAGACAGGACCAGCUGGACAUCCUGGACCCCCAGGCCUCCCCGGCCCCCCUGGCCAGUGUGACCCCUCGCAGUGUGCCUAUUUUGCCAGCCUGGCUGCUCGGCCCGGCAAUGUCAAGGGCCCCUAGAAGAUUCCAAAAGGCCAGAAGACUGCGUUGGAUUCUGCAACUUGAACUCAGAGCCUGAUGGGAAGCCAGAGGUCUUCAAAUAUGUCUGCCACUUUUUUUUCCCUUUCUUUAUCAUUUAUUUUUGUUUUAUUUUCCUGAGAGACCUCACAAUUAAAACCAACAGAUGCUGCCGGUCGGUCAGAUUAUUAAUAUUAUUAUUGUUAAUUAUUAUUGUUAUUUCAUGUGCUAAUGCUUUUUGAGUUUUUUUCCGUCUGCUCUAAAUUUGGGAAAAAGUGAUGCAUGGGUGUGGAGAUUGUUUCUUGGUCCUCUGACAGCCUCCACCUGAAGUGUAGCUGUCAGCUUUAAGGAAACUCUUGGUGCUAUGGAGCCCCUACCAGACACUUGACAAACUUACCUCUUUCCUCAAAAGGACACUUUAAGAAAUUGAACCCAUGAGCUUCUGUUCUCGGUUGUUCCCAGAGGUUACCAGGGAGAAAUGAUCCAAAAAUCACCAUAUCCCAGGAGAGAGCAACGAAGCAGGAAGAGGAGGAAUUUGCAGGCGUGAAGAAUGUCCUCGGCUCCUGGUGAAGAUGCACAGAGAGCACAGGGCCGGCCCUGGGAGGCAUCGGCCCCCCACUUGGCAUUUCAAUCUCACAGACACACGCUGAUAUCACACGGUUGGCAAGGGACCUGUGGGAUCCCACCAGAGGUAGGAAACUGGCAUUGAAGAAGCAGCCCCUGAGUGCAAAUACGAUUUCUGAACUGUGGGUAGGACUCCUUCAAGCCCACGAUCACCUUAGUUGUUAAAUAAAGGGGUACCAUGCCGAUCGCUUGUGUUUCCGGCGAGCGCUCGGCCCGGCACUGACCAGAGCCGAGGUGCUUUGUCUCCAGGAUUGCGCUUGGACAAUACACCACGUUGAGUUUGUGUGUGCGUGAUGUGCCCAGCACAGACAGGUGCUCAAUAAAUCUGAGUUUCCUCUUCCCAGUCCUCUCGAUCAUUCGCUGCCUUCAGUGUCCACCUGGAUGUGAACUCGUCAAGCACCGGCGUGAGCCUCUUUCUGCUGGGACCCUGGCACAGCGUCCUCACGUUCGGUCCACAGCCUGCAUGGUGAGGGAGUGGAUGCACGCGUGUGACCAGCCAACCUGGGCAGUUCAUUACCAGGCCCUUCGUCGAGGCAGCCCGUGAUUUCACCGGAGAAGAAGCCAUGCAGACUUGCUGUUUGUGCGAGAUCGCAGUGGAGGGGGCGUGGGGCGGGCUGGACGUUGGUUGGGGAGAGUUCAUCUAGCUAGCGGCCGUGCAAUUUAGCAGUGGCCCCAAGUACUUAUUCUUUCUCUAUUUGUGCUCAUGGCGACUGGCUGACUGAUUAACGAUGAUUCAUCAAUUCGUCUACCCAUGUUUGUGUCCAUUCACACAAGCCACCAGGCACACACAGACCAAGGCAGCACAGCCUGUCCGGCACCGGCUUUGUACACCCCCUUCCCUCCCAAUUCACGAGAUUCUUCCUAUCGAUUCAGAACCAGGUGCAUAAACAUCUAAGGAAGCCUGAAGGUUCCAGGCCGUCCCCACAGUUCAGUGGUUAAGGAGGCCGGGUCACACACACCCACUGUGGUUUGAACCCUGCGCCCUGAAACUUGAAAAUCUUGAGCUGGGCUCCAAUCUGCAGUUUCCAGCAUCUUCCAG